AUGAUUGGAAAGAAGGAAAUACAAAUUUCGAAUGCCACUCGAGAUAGAGUUGAAGCAUGUAGAUUAUAUAUAGAACGCAAAUAUGCAAAACAAAUAUAAGAAGAAUAAUAAUAAUUAGAAGGUUGGUAGUAAUUAUCGAAACUUAUGGAUGCUCUGCAUAUGAAUCCAAAGGAAUAAGAAAUUAUCAAAAAAGAAAUUUUAAAAAAAGAAGCAGAAUAAAUGAGAAAAAAGCGGACUAAAUUAAGCAUUGAGGAUUUUCAACCUCUAGCUAUUAUAGGCAGAGGAGCUUUUGGGGAAGUAAGAUUAUGCAGGCAUGUACCCUCUUAAUAAAUUGUUGCAGUCAAGAAAAUGAAAAAACAUGAAAUGAUUUUUAAGAACUAAAUUGGUCAUGUGACUAACGAAAGAAAGGUGUUAGAAGAAGCAAAAGGAAAUAAUUGGAUUGUUGAAAUGAAGUGUUCAUUUUAAGAUGAAAAAAAUUUAUAUUUAGUUAUGGAAUAUUUAGCAGGUGGUGAUUUGAUGACAUUACUGAUGAAAAAAGAUAUAUUAUCGGAAGCUGAGGCUCGCUUUUAUAUGGCAGAACUAGUAUAAGCUGUUGCUUCAGUUCAUAAAUUAGGAUUUAUACAUAGAGAUUUGAAGCCAGACAAUAUUUUAUUGGAUAACAAUGGACACAUAAAACUUUCUGAUUUUGGUUUAUGUAAAGACGCUGAAAUACAUUUCGAUAAACCUGUAUUUUCUUAAAAAUUUAAAUCUAAAUAGACUAGAAGAGAAAAAGCAUUUUCUACGGUUGGGACUCCUGAUUAUAUUGCGCCUGAAGUUCCUUUGUAAUAAGGAUAUGAUGGAUCAGUAGAUUGGUGGAGUGUUGGAGUCAUCUUAUAUGAAAUGCUGGUAGGAUAUCCUCCAUCUUAUACUGAUGAUCCUUCAACAACCUGCCAAAGAAUAAUUAGAUUUUAGUAAUCUUUUGCAUUCCCAGAGGAACCAAAGGUGUCUUAAUUAGCUAAAGAUUUGAUUAGUAAGUUGGUAUGUGAUGCAAAUACACGUCUAACAUAUGAUUAAAUUAUCAGACAUCCUUGGUUUGGUGGUUUGUCUAUAUAAAAAAUAAGAGACAUGAAGGCACCUUAUAUUCCAACUAUUAGAAGUGAAUUAGAUACUAGCAAUUUUGAUAAAUAUGAGGAGGAGGAGCCUUGGAUUAACAAGAACUAAAAGAGCACUAAGAAAGAAAUGACUUUUGUGGGAUAUACUUCAUAAACAAGACGAUUUUGA